CACACGCACACACACUAGCACCACUGAACACUCCAGAAGGUGGGGAGGAUUUAAGGAUCCCGGGAAGAUUAAGUGCACAGCUUAGCGCUAUCUGACCACUGUGUCUCACACUUUUUCUUUCAUUUUCUUCCCCUCCCUCUCUCUCUCUUUCCCUGUCCUCCCUCUCUCCAGGUAGCCGAGCCUAAGCGGAGCGGGUUGGACGGACCCUCCCUCCUCCACCUCCUCCCCCCCAUCAUCCUCCUCCUUCAGUGUCCCGGUCCGUGCCGUGUUUGUGUCUAUCCGCCGGGGUCGGCGAAGCAUGCUGGCAGUAUGGACGUGAAGGAACGCAGGCCCUACUGCUCGCUGACCAAGAGCAGGCGCGACAAGGAGCGGCGCUACACGGGCUCGUCCGGCGACAGCGAGGAGUGCGGCAGCGGCGGCCCCGGACCGAGGGUACCCACCCAGAAGUCGUACAGCUCCAGCGAGACGCUCAAGGCCUUCGACCACCAGGACUCCUCCAGACUAUUGUACAGCAGCAGAGUGAAGGAGAUGGUGCACCGUGAACAGGACGAGUACACCCGACAAGGGCAGAACUUCAACCUGAGACAACUGGGGAUCUGCGAGCCGUCCACGCGCCGCGGCCUGGCCUUCUGCUCCGAGAUGGGCCUCCCCCACCGCGGCUACUCGGCCGGCGCCGGCUCCGACGUGGACACCGAGAACGAGGGCGUGAUGUCACCGGAGCGCGCCAUGCGGCUGUGGGGCCGCGGGGUGAAGUCGGGCGGCCGGAACUCGUGCCUGUCCAGCCGGUCCAACUCGGCCCUGACCCUCACCGACACAGAGCACGAAAACAAGUCGGACAGCGAUAAUGGCUCCCGGUAA